UUGGUGUGAUGCGUGUGCGAGGUCUAAUCCACUGCUGGAUAAGGAGCGAGCUCCGGUAGCCUAAGAGCUGUCCUCUCUAUUUCUUAAUGGCAAGACCCAAGAAUGUCUGGUUAGCAUGGCUGUGGCUCCUGAACCGGCUACCCAAGGACCGUUAUGGCUUUUAGAACAGUCUAUUCGGACCCCCUGUCCGGAAGCAUUUUCAAGAAAUUCGUGGUCAUGCUGUGUUCUCUCCUCACCUCCAUGUACCUCCUCCACUGCCUCACGGAUCACUGUAGCAGCAUGCCCACUCCGGUGAAAGCCUCCAGCCAAGUCGUGGGCUUUUUCGCAUCGGAACUACAAGACUUGAAGUCGCUGAGGAGGACAAGGCUGUUAAAGAAAUGGACCACGGAGUCCAAGGCGCGCUUGAGCUACGAGAGCGCUGACGACACUAAACGGAUCUCUGAGGACUCCCGGUUUGACGAUACUGAUAAGGGACAGGUUUUGUACGAACCGGGACCUCAGGUGGACAGCGAUAGCGAGAACCGGGAAUUGUCGCGUGAUAUACAGCUUUCUUUGGGUGACAUCGUUUCUUCGAAGAGAUUGUCACAUCGGUUUAAAGUGAAGACGGGAAGUACUGGUAAACUCAGUCCGCUUGGGGAAGGGAGAAAGGAGCUGCCCCAGGCGCUGAUCAUCGGGGUGAAGAAAGGAGGGACGCGCGCGAUACUCGAGUUCCUCCGCGUACACCCAGACAUCAGAGCGGUGGGAGCCGAGCCGCACUUCUUCGACCGUAACUACGAGAAAGGACUGGAGUGGUACAGGGAGCUGAUGCCCAAGACCCUGGAGGGCCAGAUCACCAUGGAGAAGACCCCAAGCUACUUUGUGACCAGAGAGGCCCCAGCCCGGAUCGCCGUAAUGUCCCGGGACACCAAGCUGAUCGUGGUUGUGAGGGACCCCAUAACCAGGGCCAUCUCUGACUACACACAGACGCUGUCCAAGAACCCAGACAUUCCCACCUUCGAGAGCCUGACCUUCAAAAACAGGACUACGGGGCUCAUCGACACGUCCUGGAGCGCCAUCCAGAUCGGCAUCUAUGCCAAGCACCUGGACAACUGGCUAAAGUACUUCCCCAUGGGCCAGAUCCUGUUUGUGAGUGGGGAGCGUCUGAUCAGCAACCCGGCCAGAGAGCUGGGACGGGUGCAGGACUUCCUGGGACUCAAGAGGAUCAUUACAGACAAACACUUCUACUUCAACCAGACCAAGGGCUUCCCCUGCCUCAAGAAGGCUGAGGGCAGCAGCAAGCCCCACUGCCUGGGCAAAACCAAAGGGCGGACCCACCCCAACAUCCACCCAGAGGUGGUGCAGAGGCUACGGGAAUUCUAUAGGCCUUUCAACAUGAAGUUCUACCAGAUGACGGGACGUAUGUUUGGUUGGGAUGACUGAUUUUGCCUUGGUGGAUUUACAUUUGAGUCAUUUAGCAGAUACUCAUAUUGAGUGACUUACAGGAGCAAUUUUAGUUAGGUGCCUUGCUCAACAGAUUGUCCACCUAGUUGUCCACCUCAGGGAUUCAUACCAGCGAUCUUUCAGUUACUGGUCCAACACUCUUAACCGCUAAGCUACCUGUCGCCCCAGAAUACAGAUGACCAGGGAACACAGAUGACUGUUGACACUACAGUAUAACUGUGGGACAGCAACAACAUUGCCUAGAGGCAAUAUGUGUCUGUGAUAGCGGAGAAAAAGCCUUAUCUGCUCUUACUGGCAAUUCAGAUAUUUAACGUGUUCACUGUGUUACUGUGUCUCAGAACCAAUAUCAGCUGAGGCUGGUUGAAGGAAAUGGAGCCGGAUUAUCCCUUAUAGAGCACGUGGUGGUUCUAAUACAGAGAGAUACUGCAUCUCUACCUCUCCCUGUAGUUCCUGCCAGAGGGUUUUCUGUUUUGGAACCUUUCAGUGACGCAAAGGACAAAUAUGUUGUUACUGUAUAGGAGGUUGUAUAAAAUCACACAGAGAGACUUUGGAUAAAAAGCCUUGUCUGAGUGAUUCUAUCCCAUAUUUUAAAGCAAACCCAGCUGCUUUGCAAAGAAAAAUUGCAUUUUUCUAGAAACAUUUUGAAAAGUUAAAACUACAUUUAAUUUAUUUAAGAUGGUGUACUCAUGCAGAAUAUAAUAUACGUGUUGAUAUGUUUUAUGUUUUCUGUGAUUUUUGCAUCUUGUUUUAUACUGUACACAUUUUUUUUCUUUAUCAUGUUUAUUAAGGUUAUUCAUUUGAAUCUAUAUAUGCGAUUCCCGCACUCUUUUCCUGCUGAGCUUGUAAUUAUAAUCCUGUGGGGUUUGAUAUUCUGAGAGCAGUUUCCCCACCGUGAGUUAAUGGAGAUGAUUGAAUUACAGUGUAGAGAGCGAGACAGAGUAAAGAUAGCACUCAAUGGAAGUGUCCAGUGGCACCCUAUUCUCUAUAUAGUGCACUACUUUUUACCAGAGCCCAUAGGGAAUAGGGUGCCAUUUGACCAGCAUCCAUAGGGAAUAGGGUGCCAUUUGACCAGCAUCCAUAGGGAAUAGGGUGCCAUUUGACCAGCAUCCAUAGGGAAUAGGGUGCCAUUUGACCAGGGCCCAUAAGGAAUAGGGUGCUAUUUGGGAUGCAUAGUGAGUCAACUGUUGUAUCAGUACUGUAACCUCGUAGGAACACAUCGUAGGAAUACAGCAACUCCUCAACUAAUGUUAUAAUGAGACCUCUAGUGGGCCUAACCAAAUGAUUUCUCAGAUUUCCUCUUUAACAUGUCUCCUUGUGAACUGAAAACAGUUGCUGUCAUCCAGCCUUUCCUUGCCUCGGAGGCAUCCGUGGAUGGAGGUGUCUCUCUGUGUCUUUUUAAAGGAGCCAGAGAACAAUUGUGAAGUUGUGUUUUUGAUUUAUAUCUCCCUGGUUGUGAGCUUCCAAAGAGUCUCUCCCCUUUCAAAUGUUCCUCAAAGGGAAACUUCAUCAUGCUCAUUUUUUUCAAUAUGAGUUCAGGGGGAAACAUAUCAAUUUAUCAAUUUGUCAAUUUGUCACAGCGGGUGCAACAUCUCCUAAACACUUCCUUGUAAACUCACUCACCGAGUCAGCGUAUAAAUAAAUGUUAUUGCCUGAGGCUACCCGGAACAUAUCCCAGUCCACGUGAUUGAAGCAAUCUUUAGGCGUGGAAUCCGAUUGGUCAGAUAAACGUUGGAUAGACCUAAGCACAAGCUUCCUGUUUUAGUUUCUGCCUAUAGGAGUGGAGCAACAAGAUGGAGUUAUGGUCAGAUUUGCCAAAAAGGAGUACGAGGGAGGGCCUUGUAUGCAUCGCGGAAGUUAGAGUAGCUGUGGUCGAGUGUGUUACUCACUCGUGUACUGCAAUCCAUAUGCUGAUAGAAUUUAGGUAGCCUUGUUUUCAGAUUAGCUUUGUUAAAAUCACCAGCUCCAAUAAAUGCAGCCUCAGGAUAUAUGGUUUCCAGUUUGCAUAAAGUCCAGUGGAGUUCCUUGAUGGCCGUCUUGGUAUGCGCUUGCGGGAGGAUAUACACGGCUGUGACGAUAACCUAGGAGAGUGCUCUUUGGAGAUAAUACGGUCGGCAUUUGAUUGUGGGGAGUUCUGUGUCAGGUGAACAAAAGGACUUGAGUUCUUGUAUGUUGUUACAAUUACACCAUGAGUCGUUAAUCAUGAAACAUACACCCCUGCCCUUCUUCUUACCAGAGAGAUGUUUGUUCCUGUCGGCACGAAGCACUGAAAAUCCCAUUGGCUGUACGGACUCUGACAGCAUGUCCUUAGCUAGCCAUGUCUCCGUGAAAUAGAUUAUGUUACAAUCCCGGAUAUAUCUUUGGAAAGCAACUCUGGCCCUAAUUUCGUCGACUUUGUUAACUAGUGACUGUACAUUAUCGAGUAAUAUACUAUGAAGCGGUAGGUGGUGUGCGCGCAUCCGAAGCCUCACUAGAAGACCGCUCCGGCACCCUCUCCUCCGACGGCGUUGUUUUGGGUCGGCCUCUGGAAUCAGUUAAAGUGCCCUGGGAGGAGCAGAUAAAGGAUCCGCUUUGGGAAAGUUGUACUCCUGAUCGUAGUCCUGGUUGUGCUGUUAAGGUAACGUCUCUCUGAUAUCCAAUUGCUCUUCCCGGCUAUAUGUCCUAACACUUAAGGUUUUCUGGGUUAACAAUGUAAGCAAUAAUAAUACAUUACAAAAACGCAAUACUGCACAGUUUCCUAAGGACUUGAAGCGAAGCUGCCAUCUCUAUCGGCGCCAUCUUGUAAAGGAUAUAGGACACAAAGGACACAGCUUUUACUGUGAAUGCAGUCUCCGUGAACCCAGGAACGUUGCCUUUACAUUUCAAUCACGCUAUACAGUGUGAGGAUUGAAUCUAUCUCUCGCUCUCUCAAUUUUGUUUUCAUAUGCAUAAGGAAUCUCAGCAUCAUAUCAUUUCUACCUCUUCUUCUGCCCUAAAUUUAGAAGAUGUUACAUUAAUUACACCCUUAACAUCUGCACUUUCAAAUCACUUAUGGUUGAGUUGAAUACAUAAUGAGAGCCUGUCACUGUCUGACACUGUGGGAAGCCCUUAGUAGACAGAAGGAAGUCUGAUGAACAUCGAAGCGUAUGAAUACAGCUGUGAAGCUAAACCGUGUUGAUCGUCAUGGAGAUGGAGACUACACGAGCCAGACCUAAAGGCGUAUGUUAAUUUGUUGACUUAGAUCAUUAGCAUUCUGGAUGCUGUUUCUUAUUCCUCUCUGACUGGGACAGCGAGCUUCUUCAGAGAAAUCUGUCAGGGACAUAAACAGAGUCUGAAUCCCAAAUAGCACCCGAUUCCCUACAUAGUGCACUAUGUAGUGAAUAGGGUGCCAUUUGGGAUGCACACUUCAUGUUUUUGUCUAACUCUCUGAAGGAGAGAGAGGUUAAUGAAGCAAGAAGGAGGAGAUGAAAGCGUAACAUCUACUGUGUGUUAUGGGCUUGUGUCCUUAACCUUAUUCCCUCCAUAGUGCACUUAUUUUGACCAAAGACCUAUGGGCCCUGCUCUAAAGUAGUGCACUAUGUAGGGAAUAGGAUGCUAUUUGGGAUGUAACCAUGUUCUGUACAGACAGACAGAGACAGACCACCACUGUCAGAGAAUAUUCAGCUCAAUAUCAAUAGCAGCACGAACAGAGAGAAAACAAGAUCACUGUUUGUUCAAUGAGCAUGACUGCAUGUGGUUGAUUUUUAUAACAGACAGAAAGAAAGGCAUAUAUAUUUUGCUAUCCUUCUCCCCUGCUGAAAAAAACAGCACAUACCAGCCCAGGCUGGUGACCAGCCUUCGUUGUGCUUUCACUGGUGACCAGCCUUUGUGAACAGCCUUUGUUGUGCUUUCGAAGGCUGGUCACUAGCAAAAAUACAAUAAAGGCUGGUCUGCCAGCAUAACCAGCUGGACCAUUCAUUUCACAUGUUCCACUGUAAACUGUCAUAAUCAAAUCUCACAAGUAUCAGACACAGCAAGCUCACAGCUACUAUCUAAUCAAGGUAACAUUGUCCCACCCCUGGCUAGCCACCAUUGGAUUAAAAAGCCAAACGUAACGCAAUAUCUGCCAAUUCAUUUACAGCAAUAUUGCCCCUGUAUGUCUCUGUGGUGUUCACGUUUGUCCAUCACUCCGUGUGUAGCCACUUGAUGUGAUAAGAUUCUUGUGAGCUGACAGAAAUAUCUUCCCCAAAACCUACUCAAUUAAAUGUUACCUUUAAAGUAGGCUUACCUGGCAAAAGUAUAUCAUGAGUGAGUAUAUCAUGUGUAUCUAUUAUUUGUUAUUUGCUAAUUUUAACUUGAAAUGAGUAGCAGCAGUACAGAACCAUCACUAGACCGACACAUUAGGCAGCACAUUAGGUGGCACGUUCCUCGCUCACUAGAUGCGCAAUUAAAGGGUCGGAUGUGCAAUUAAAGGGGAAUUACACAAAAAAAUGUACAAUUGUUUUCUUCAAGGCUUUAAAAAAAAGUUAUUCUAAUGUGAUUUAUGCCUUGACAUGGACUCAGAAUAUCACAUUUCUUUGUUUGUCUAUGAACAAUUGAGAGUGAAAAACAAAAGGCAAUAGGGUGACAUCUGACCAGCAUCUGGUGUGCUGAAGCACCUGCACAGAGUCACCUGUGCACAAUUAACCCUCCCUUCUUCCCCAGAGCCCUGAGUAAGCCACUCUUAGCCUCUCUGAUCACCCAGACCCUCCACUCUCCACACGCACACUGCCUCUCGUUUUCCACACAGCAGAGCAGAAACAGUCCAGGCGGCUCCCCAGAAAACUGGUUCCUGCGUGUGGCGCUCCAUUGAAGUGCCUGACGGGGGCUCCAGAUAUGUCACUCCGCCACCAGUAAUCUGAUGAGACGGGCGGAUCAGAGAACAGCCCUUUGAAGGAUGGAGGAGAGUCUGUUGUGGUGGUCUGAGUCGGAGAGGGACGCACACAGAAAUGUACGCACACACACAUAAACACAUAGAUGCACACACACACUCGCACACAGACACACACGCAUUCACGCAUGCACACACACACACACACACAGAGCGCCAAACUCACCACCACACAGCUUGGUCCUGCCCCGCGGAGGGACAUGGUGGAGAUCAGCCUUCUGUUUUCUCUGGAUGUCAGGAAAGAGCUCUUUAACUCUCACAAGCACAAUCGUGUUCUCUGUUUUUCUCUACAACCCCCACAAAUGUCUUGGGACUUGUCUGAAGUCGGUACAGCCGAUCUGCCAACUUCUGUCUGUAGCGUCCAAACAGUGUGGGCUGCACACUAAUAUGUGACUCUCACAAACAUGUACAUGUCUGUUGUUUUGCUCUAGGACGCCCACAGGCCUCACAAGACUCACCUUAAGAGGUUAAUUAAAUACAUGUAGAAAGAAAUAACAAACGUUUCCUAAUCUUGUAUCUCUCAGAUGUAGGAUAGACACUUCAGAGCAAACUUCCUUUAGAUUUUUCUUUGGAGGACUUUCUGUUGUUCGAUGUAGUGAAUCUGUUAUUCAAUGCAAUUGUAUGGGCUAAUAGCAGUAAGCCCAAAUAAAAUGCUUAAUUAAAUGUA